AUAUCGUAGGUCUUCACAUACACUCUGCUCGAGUAUCUUAAAGAAAGAGAGACCUUUCUUUCCCUCCUCUAUCCCCUGCUUCCUCUUCCUCUCCCCCUUCUUGCUACUCUGUGAAGGUACUCUCUCUCCCCCUCCCACACGCACGUAUACAGUAUACAGACACGCCUUUUACUGUUUCUCCGGCUACCUUUUUGUUCCAAACCAAUUCCUCCCCCUCCAGGAUAGCAAAGACAAAACGAAAAAACUCACCACUAUCCAUCCACCCAUCCAUCCACCCGUUUUCUCUAAGGCCGCCAUCUCGUCAACUAUCCGUAAACGGGAGAAAGACCCCCUCUUCAACCCUCACUACUCGGGUACUCGAGCAGUCGAACCCCACGGGACCUUCAACUUCUACACUAUCCGCACUACCACCACCCUAUCCCCCCUCUUCUUCACCACCGCAUUCAUCAUCCAUUAACCUACCGCUAGCAAACCACAACAAUCACCAAACGCCCACACGCACACGAGCACCCAACUUCCUACCUCAACACACGCCCCACUUCCUACCCCGCUACGACUGGACCUAUUAAUUUCAACGAUCCCAUCCACCUCCAUCAAUUCGCCCCAGCACCAUCGAACACCCGCCUUCAACUCCGCACCCCCUUCGUAUAAUCACCACUUCAAUCGUUUCUUAUCGGCUCACAACCGUAACACUGCUUAAGUCAUGCCUUCGGAACCGAUUCCACCGCUCCCAUCAUCCCACGCUGUCGGCUUCCACUCAUCGGAGUCGGCUUCCCUGUGGGCUCGCCUGUCUACAUAUUUUUCCGAGAAUAAGGCUGUGGCGUACACCAUCGGUGCCGUGGUAAUAGUCGCGAGCGCCGGAGGGAUAUACUACUUCGCUCACUCGAGCCAAGCUGGGGGGAAGGGGAGAAAGAAGGAGCGGCGGACGGAGAAAGGGAAGGGCACAGAUAAGGAUAAGAAGGCGGCCGAGGGUAUGCAUAGGACUUCUUUCAUAGUUUAUUGGGGAUCAUUUCUUCUUGUUUUAUCCUCAAUCACCGCCAUAGGUUGUUUUUUUAGAAAAAAAGGAAGGGGGACUAGAACCUGAGCUCUUCCGGUUUUUUUUUUUACCUGAUUUUCCGAUUUGAGCAUUUGGGAAUGGUUGAUUAUGACGUAAGUUGUGCUAAUGAAUUUUUCUUUUGUGCGGUUUUAGAUGUCAAAUCGCAGAAGCCCGAGGAACCUCUCCCCGAAGUUAAUGAGGAAAUUGUAGAGCGGUUAACUCUCGAGGUAUUUACUACAUUUUUUUUUUAAUUGCUUCUCUUGGCUCCCGCUACGGUAUAAUGUUUCGGGGGCUGAUGAUAUUUGUUUUGUAGCAACGGAAGGACUAUGCUGGAAAACUCAAGGCUGCCGGUAACAGGGCGUAUGGCAGCAAGGAUUUCCCGCUGGCCAUUGACUUGUACACAAAGGCGAUUCUCUGCAGGCCAGAUCCAAUAUUCUACUCGAACCGCUCUGCUUGCUUCAAUGCCCUUUCGGAGUGGGAGAAGGUUGUUGAAGACACCACUGCGGCUAUUGCUUUGGACCCCGAAUAUGUUAAGGCCUUGAAUCGUCGGGCACAUGCUUACGAGCAAUUGGGAAAGAACAGUGAAGCUUUAUUGGACUUUACUGCAAGCUGUAUUAUUGAUGGAUUCAGAAAUGAGGGUGCCGCUCAGAGUGUGGAGAGGUUGUUGAAGAAGGUUGCCGAGGAGAAGGGAAAGCAGAUGCUUGCGGAGAGGCCAAAGAAAUUGCCUUCUUCCACAUUUGUGUCCAAUUACCUACAGAGUUUCAGAAGCAGGCCCCCGCCACCGGGCCUUGAGGAGGACGCUAAUCUUCCGGAGGGCACUGGCGACUACCACCUCAGACUUGGGCUGGAUGCUGUCGAGAGAAAGACAGUUGAGGGAUACGAGGAGGCGGGGCGAGAGUUUGAAACCGCCGUGGAGUUGGAAACGAACCAUGAAGCGUAUGCAUUGAACUGGCGAGGAACUUUCAAGUACUUGCAAGGUGAUGCGGUGGAGGCUUUGAAGGAUUUGAACAGUAGUAUUGAGCUAGACCCCACCAUGACCCAAAGUUACAUCAAGCGCGCCAGUAUGCUAUUAGAACUUGGUACUACUUCCCUACAUACUGCGUGAGUUAUUCGCAUUUUACUAACGGAAUGCUUUUCAGGCGAUCGUGAGGCGGCAGCGGCCGAUUUUGCAACAGCCCUUGAACACAAUGCUGACGAUCCGGACAUCUAUUACCAUCGUGCUCAGCUUCACUUUAUCCUGUCCGAGUUUGCCGAGGCGGCAAAAGACUACCAAAAGUCCAUUGAUCUCGACCGUUCCUUCAUCUUCUCGCAUAUCCAGCUCGGUGUGACCCAAUACAAGAUGGGCUCCAUUGCUUCGUCGAUGGCCACCUUCCGAAAGUGCAUCAAGAAUUUCGAGACUACUCCUGAUGUCUACAACUACUAUGGCGAACUACUGCUUGACCAGCAAAAGUAUCUAGAGGCCAUUGAAAAGUUUGAUACUGCUGUGGAGAUGGAAAGGACCGCCAAGCCCAUGGCUAUGAAUGUACUACCGUUGAUAAACAAGGCUCUAGCUCUCUUCCAGUGGAAGCAGGACUUUACGGAGGCAGAGAAGUUGUGCGAGAGGGCUCUGAUCAGUAUGUUUAUCUUCUGACAGGCCAUUGUGGAUUUAUAACUGACAAAUAGGGUAGUUGAUCCCGACUGUGAUAUCGCCGUGGCUACAAUGGCACAAUUGCUGUUACAGCAAGGAAAGGUGACCGAGGCACUCAAGUACUUUGAGAAAGCCGCCACACUCUCCCGUACCGAAGGAGAAAUUAUCAAUGCUCUUUCCUAUGCCGAGGCUACAAGAACACAGCUAGAGGUAACAGGAUUCCCGGUAUCCCUUCUCUUUUAUUGAAUUUUCCAUAUUAACGACCAAACAGGUGCAGGAGAAAUACCCCCAAUUGGCAAACCGGCUCCAGGGAAUGACGGGUCUGGGGAGGUAAUAAUAAGUUGAUCAAGAACAACAAAACGAAAGCAAAAGACGAAAACCACAAUCAGCUAAAAAUAUAAAAAAACUUUCGUGGGCAAAUAGAACUUUCGGACUUGCUCGGUGCCGGUAUGUGUGUGUAUGUGUGCGUGCGCGUGUGAAGUUUGCUCGAAUAAAGUAGCUUUUUAAUCCACAUGAAGAGAGAAAAGCAACUUUUUUUUUCGUGAGCUGUGGCGGAUUCUUUUCUCUUUCCUCUCUUUUUCCAUUCCUAUGGUAUUCGUUUCACAUUACAAAAUUUUAUUCCUUGGAGUUCAUGCUUUGUAGGCCGGGGGAGGGGAGCGCGAUAAGCUCCGAUGCCGCAGCUGGUUGAAUCUCUUCCGUUUCUCGUGCAUGCAUCACCUUGUCCCUUCAUUCUUGUCCAUGCAUUUCACUUGUCAUAUGUGCUAAUUGGCGACGGUUCUCUGGUUACUUUCUAGGCUUCGUAUUUCUUCCCUCUCUUCUCAUUUCAUUUAUUCUCGUGUAUAGUUUUGUCGGUGUAUGCUCUGGCUUUUGUGUUUGUUUGGUUGGUUGGUUGGUUGGGCUGGCCGGGUGUGGAUGGGGGUUUUAAUGAUACUAGUUAAUUGCUUGGUUCUUUGGUGUAUAGUACUCCACUCUUGGCUCUUGGUUCGUUCAUGCUUUCUUCUUUGCUUGUUCAGUGUAUCAUUGGACAGAAAUUAAUCGAGACCUUCAUUUAUGGCCCAUCAUAGAAUACAAAUGCAAUCAACUUUUCAAAGAAAUCCCCUCCCCUCCCAUCCAUCCACCCAUCCAACUACUUUGAUCCAGGUGGCCCAUACCCCGGCGGCCCACCCAGAGGCGGUGCCCCAGCCGGAAACCCCCCUGGCGGUGGGGGAAUAGGAAACCCAGCAGCACCCGGCGGCGGAACCAUCAUUCCACCAGGCGGCGGCGCAAACCCCGGCGGGACCACCAUCCCAGGCAAUAACGGUGGCUGAGCCCCCCCUCCCCCGGCUCCCCCCGCCGCCUCCAUCCCGGGAAAGCCGGGAAAGGCCGUAGCACCCCUCCCCAACGGCGGCGGCGGGAACCCAAACGGUGGUGGCGGCGGCGGAAUCAUACCGGGCCUAGCGGGGAACCCGAACGGCGGAGGCGGCAGCGACAGCGGCAGACCCGCCACAGCAGCUGCCGCAGCCGCAGCCGCAGCCGAAGGCGGCAACAAAGGAAACCCACCGACGCCAACGUUCCCAGCACCUCCGGCACCCGGGGUUGUCGAGUGCACCGAUGGCAUGGGCUGCCCCUCCGCUGCGUAG